ACUACCGUAACCCUCGCUGCGCAUGCGCGCCGAGGGUUAAUUAUGUAGCUACUGCCACACACUUGAGGACUAGAGAAGUAGCACGUGUGUGUACAAUAUCUUUGUGUAUAUAUAUAGCAUUCAGUGAAUGGUGAUGAUACGACGCAGCCAGAGGACUACAGAACUGCUGCACUAAUAGCAGUACUAUGUUUCCUACCCACUGGACUACUCUCCAUCUGCUACUCCUGGAAGGUUCAGCGGCUCUAUAGAGAAGGAGACGUGGUCGGGUCGGAGUGUGCCUCGCGGAGGACUCGCCGGCUAGUCAUCCUCACACGCAGGAUCUCAAUGGUCUUCUGGCUCGGUCUGCUCCUGCUUGUAGCGGCCGGCCUCUUGCUGGGCCUCUGCUUCGGCAUCGACGCAAAUAAACAGUAACAUGCAUGUAGCAUGCACUUAGCUAUCUAUACGGUAGCUUGUGUAGAUGUUGUUGUUGUUGUUGUUGUUGUUUCGCUACGCCCACGCACGCGUGCGCGAUGCUUGCGGCCGCGCGGAUACAUGCUAACCGACCGGGCCGCGCACACAUUCCUGCACUCAGGAAGAAGCCUCUGGGAAGCAAAUGUAGCAGCUUCAGUUCCUCGAUCCACUGCAUUGUUGCCGGACGUUCACGUGGCGGUGUAGGGGCCCACGCAGUAUAUUGUUCCUACGUAGCCUAAACCAGCCGUCACUGCCGGCCCUGUCGUCAGAUCUCAGAGUCGAGAGGUAGCUAGCUAGAUAUGCAGAGGCUGUUCCAGAGACCGGGUGUGGCGACACAGCACAGCCAGGGCUCCAGCAGCAACUUCAGCUCUAACCCUUCUUUCGACCGAAACGACGCGUCCGAAGACGACAAAGACCCCGGCGCAGCUCUCAACAGAUGCCGGUCGGACGCAUCACCGCAGCCGGACUCCCUCUGCCGCGUCUCCAGGGCCGGUCUAGCUAUCGCUUUCACGGAGAUCCCGGCUCCCAGCCAGCUGCGGGACUCGGGGUACGUGGAAAUGGCCUUCACCCACAUCCCUGAUGAUCACCAGACUGAGUCCUUUGAUCAACAACAGCAGCAGUCUUCUUCUCUGUCUAGUGAGCACAAGUUUCGAGGUCUACUGCAGCUGAGCAGAAGAGCCACCGAGUCACGUGAGAUGCUCCAACAGCAGCCGUCCUGGUCCUCCGAUGUCAUCCCGUCUUCGUCGUUGGAAUCGGCCACAAGUAACUUUUCCACGGAUUCGUCCAACAACUCCCCCAGUCUGGGAUCGGGUGUAGGGAGCAACCUCUCUCUACUGCCGUCUGCGUCUCCAUUAGGACUAGGAAUAGACACCUUCCGUACCUAUUCCCCCCUGGAGACCCAACCACUCACUCUGCCCGAGAUUGAGGUUAAUGAAAACCUUGUACCAGGCCCAAAGACCUACUUUGCACUGGCCCUGUGCUCUACCAUCUUAUGUUGCCUCCCGGUUGGAGUGCUAGCAUUGAUCAGCGCACAACAGGUUCGGAGGCGUUUGGCUGAGAGGGACAGGCACAGAGCAUUCCUGUCAUCGCAAAGAGCCAAGAGAAGAUCACUUUUGGCAAUACUAGUCGGGACAAUGAUGUGGACAUUUGUGGUAGUCACACUAUCAGUAACUCUAGUAUUACGUUUAAAGCCAUAGCGUGUUGAUGUUCUCCCAUUUCGCUAAAUCAAUAUUUUCAUCUUUUCAUCUCUG